GGUUAUACAAACAUAACCUAGCUUUUCUGUCAUUAAGUCACUAACGUGCUCCAACAGAUAAAUUUGAUUCAGUCCUAUAAAUAAAAUAAAAACAAAAUGCCUAAAGUUAGAUCUACAACGGGACCCCCUCGUAAGCAGGGUUUCAACAAAUCAAAUCAUUCUAUGAAUCCUGAGAGACCUACAGAAGGGCUCAAAGGAGUAGGCAAAGUAAGAAGUAAGGGAACUAUCAAAAGGCUGCAGAUGUAUAGAAACUUCAAAGCCAAAAGAGACAAAACAGGAAAGAUCCUCACUCCAGCCCCAUUUCAGGGCUGGCUACCUUCUGGAACUGUAGCUAGGGUAGAACCAAAUCAAAAGUGGUUUGGCAAUAGUCGCGUUAUAUCACAAAAUGCACUUCAAAAAUUCCAAACUGAGUUGGGAGCUGCAAUAAAAAACCCUUACCAAGUCAUCAUGAAACCCACAACUCUGCCCAUAACAUUACUCAAUGAAAAGGCUAAAAAUGCCAGGGUUCAUUUGCUAGACACCGAGAGUUUUGACAGUGUUUUUGGACCCAAAAAAAUCAGAAAAAGGCCCAAUUUACCUGUAAAGGGGUUAGACGAAUUGACACAGCUCGCUGACAAGAAAGCUGACGAGUACAGCCUUGAAAAAGAUUCCAAUAUUGUGAAAGAUGAUGGUGGAGUACGGGAUAUGCCUCGAGAUUGGGUAAUGGCAGCAGGGCAGUCAAGAAGAAUAUGGAAUGAACUUUAUAAAGUAGUAGACAGUUCAGACGUCCUGUUACAAGUAUUAGAUGCAAGAGACCCUAUGGGAACUAGAUCGUCUUAUUUGGAAAAAUAUUUGAAGACUGAGAAACCUCAUAAACACCUCAUCUUCAUUCUAAACAAAGUAGAUCUUGUUCCCUGUUGGGUGACUCAGAGAUGGGUUGCUAUCCUGAGUAAGGAAUAUCCGACUGUGGCUUUCCAUGCCAGCAUAACACAUCCCUUUGGAAAAGGUUCCCUCAUCAAUCUAUUUCGACAAUUUGGUAAACUGCACAUAGACAAAAAACAAAUAUCAGUUGGAUUAAUAGGAUAUCCAAACGUAGGCAAGUCAUCUAUAAUCAAUACUCUUCAAGGAAAGAAGGUGUGUAAAGUAGCUCCGAUUGCAGGAGAAACUAAGGUGUGGCAAUAUAUCACUCUCAUGAAAAGAAUUUACCUAAUUGAUUGCCCUGGAGUAGUAUAUCCUUCUGCUGAAACUGACGUGGAAAAAGUUUUGAAAGGCGUUGUGCGUGUUGAAUUGGUGAACAAUCCCGAGGAUUAUAUUGCUACUGUUUUGGAAAGAGUGAAACCACAGUACAUUGAAAAAACUUAUAAAGUAGAUUCCUGGAAAGAUCACAUAGACUUUUUGGAGAAGAUGGCUCAAAGGUCAGGUAAACUACUCAAAAAGGGUGAACCAGAUAUCACUAGUGUCGCAAAGAUGGUUUUGAAUGACUGGCAGCGGGGCAAAUUACCAUUUUACUGUUCACCUCCUGGAUAUGAACAACCUUUGCAAAAUUCCAAGGAGUCUGUACAAGACGAACCUCUUAGCGUAGUUCAAGAUUUCAGAAAGAUUCAUGUUGGGUUUACUUUUGAAGGCGAAGACAUUAAAGAACUGGAACCUAUCAAAGACAUAGAGAAAGCUGUUAUUGAAUAUUCAGAAGAAAAAUCAGAAACUAGUACCAAUUUGGAUGAGAGUGAAACGAAUAAGGACUUAGAUAAAAGUAUCACAAAUUCUGAACAGGAUGAAGAUGACUCUGAUUCUGACAUCAGCUUCUACUCAGAUAUGGAUACUAGUGAAAGUAAAAGCAAAGUAUAUGCUGAAUGUACCAGUGGGACAUUUGAAGUGGAGGAUUUAUCAAUGGAAGCAAUUGAGCAGAAUACAAGGCAACAUAAACAAUCAGGUGACAAAAAGUUGACAAGUAAGCAGAAACGAGCAACAGAGAGGGCUCAAAAAAGGAAGAAAAUUGGGAGCAAUUUCUAUGAAGUCACAAAUGUUAAAAACAGAAAUAGAAACAAGAAAAAGAAAGUUGUUUGAAUAUAUAGUCUUUUAUAUAAUGUACAUAAAUAUAUAUAAUUUUGUAGAAGAGUUA